AUGAGAUUCGAAUCAACUUCCAAACCCACCUUAACCCCUGUAGGGUUCAGGUUACUUUCCAUCUCGGAAAGAAAAUUAUCCACUCUGGACGCAUCGCUCUACGACGAAGGACCUGAAUUACUCAAGGGCGUUUUGGUCAAGGAAUCAAUCAAGAGCGCUUGGAAGUCCGUCCAAGGAGGGUCCAACAUCGACCUCAGGGUGGAAUUGGAUUCUUACUCGACAAUGGGAUUAGAUGUCAUUUCUGAAGAAAGUUUCGAAGAGGAGGAAGUUGUCAAUGGGAAUGAAGAAAGAUGGUUCGAAGAUCUCGUGUCUUCUUUCGGUGAAGAGGAUUUCCAAUCUCCCCAAGAAGUAACUCACGAAUGGGUAGAAUCCAAAGUGUCGGAGAUCGUUUUUGAUGAUCUGGAUCUGGAAUUUGAUAGCAACCAAAUCGAAGCUUUCACUUUCCCUUCUCCUACGCUAUCACCUACGACUGUUCCUCAAGUCACCAUCACUGGUGUUGCUGAAGAAGAGGAGGAAGAGGAAGAUUCUUUCUCGGUUGAGAACAAACCGUCGCACGUUCAUCGCUCCGGCUCAACGAUAGAAAGAUCAUCCCUACUAGACACUCCGAUCCUUUAUCCCAUCUCUUCAUCUACACUGGCACCUCCAUCACCUAUCGAACCUAUUCAAUCAAGUUCAGAUUGGGAUGAAUCGAUCUACAUCCAUCCUCAAGCUUAUCAGACAGAGGCCGACUAUUGUCUCGAUAUCGAGGAAUUCUCCUUACCACCACCUCUCAUCAGAUCUCUCUCGAGCUCGUCGACCACCUCGAUCGAAGAUGAGGAGGAAGUGUGCGGCACACCUCCACUCAGGUAUUCGGAAUUGAACGAACAGCCACUUUGGUUGAACGGUCUCAAGGAUGAAGCUGAUUUGGUAGAUUCGGAUGAAGAUGAAGAAGCUUUAGACGAGGAUGAGGAUGAGUUGGGUAUACAGAGGUUCACUGAGGAUGAGGGGAAGGUCUUGGGAGGUGUUGUGGGUAUGGCCUUGGGAUUCAAUGAGGGAGGUUUCGUAUUGAUUUAG